AUGAAAGCAGAUUUAAGCUUACCGGCAGGAUUCCGAUUCCAUCCGACGGACGAAGAGCUUGUCAAAUUCUACUUGUGCCGGAAAUGCGCAUCGGAGCCGAUCUCAGCUCCGGUUAUCGCCGAAAUUGAUCUCUACAAGUUCAAUCCUUGGGAGCUUCCAGAGAUGUCUUUGUACGGAGAGAAAGAGUGGUACUUCUUCUCACCAAGAGACCGGAAAUACCCAAACGGUUCGCGUCCAAACCGGGCAGCAGGAACCGGUUACUGGAAAGCUACCGGAGCAGAUAAACCGAUCGGCAAACCGAAGACGUUGGGUAUAAAGAAAGCUCUCGUCUUCUACGCUGGGAAAGCCCCCAAAGGGAUUAAGACGAACUGGAUAAUGCACGAGUAUCGUCUUGCUAAUGUCGAUAGAUCAGCUUCUGUUCACAAAAAGAACAACCUACGACUUGAUGAUUGGGUUCUAUGUCGAAUAUACAACAAGAAGGGAACAAUGGAGAAAUACUACCCCGCGGAUGAAAAACCAAGGACAGCGACGACAAUGGCUGAUCAAUCUUCCUCGCCGCCUUUUGAUACAUCGGACUCGACUUACCCGACAUUGCAAGAGGAUGAUUCGAGCAGCUCGGGUGGUCACGUGGUCUCACCGGACGCUCGGGAGGUUCAGAGCGAGCCUAAAUGGGGAGAGCUUGGGGAUGCUUUGGAGGCUUUUGAUACUUCCAUGUUUGGUGGUUCUAUGGAGUUGUUGCAGAGUGAAGCUUUUGUUCCUCAGUUCUUGUAUCAGCCUGAUUACUUCACUUCCUUCCAGGAUCCGCCCGAGCAGAAACCAUUCUUGAAUUGGGGUUUUGCUCCACAGGGGUAA